AUGGCACUGAUGUCUAAGCGAGGUGCAACUCCUGGAUAUCGUUGGAACCGAGACCAUCAUUCGCCUUGGCUGGAUGUACAGUACUUCGGCUACCCAGAGACAUUCGCGUUCGGAGUAAACGACAGGAUUCUGGGCGAAGAGGGACAAUUGAGACUGCGCGGUGCAACGCCAGCCAUUAGAGUCGCCCACGCUCGACUUGGGUGCUUAAUUGAGACGGCGCUCGGACCCACGACGCGAACCUUAGAACGCGACUUUCAAUUUCUACGCGUCUCCCCUGACGACCAGUUGCUUGCCCCUCUCUACAAUCACACAGACUCUACAGCAGAUCACCCAACAACACAAACGAUGGCAGAUAGGCAAUCAGCAUACUCGAUCAGCCUAUUUGGCGGCCAGGACAGUGAAGGUGGCCAGGAUACGGCUGCACCUUCGCGCGUUCAGCAGGCGCUGGUCGACUUCAUUAUGGAAUUCACAAUCGACAACAUCUUCAUCUACCGAGAUCAAAUCCGCGAAAAUGUCCUUUUAAAACAAUACUACUGCGAUAUAGAUAUUGCACAUCUCAUUAGCUACAGUCCUGAGCUUGCCCAUGACCUUAAGCAGAACCCGGCCGAAUUCGAAGCCGCAUUGAAGACAUGCACACAACGAAUCGUAUAUCCUUCGCAGAAGAACAUGAAAGAUAAACUUCCAGAACACCAAUUGCUCCUCCAUUCGAAUGCUGCAGAACUGUCAAUUCGCGACUUGACCGCAACAAACGUUUCACAACUUGUUCGCAUACCCGGCAUCAUUAUUGGUGCAUCCACAUUGUCUUCUAAAAGCACUGCAUUGGCCAUCCGGUGCCGCAACUGCCAGCAUGAGGAAAGGAUACCCGUCGCUGGAGGGUUUUCUGGUGUAUCGCUACCAAGAACAUGUUCGAGGCCGAGGGGAGAGGGAGAACAUCAUAGUGACAAAUGCCCACUUGAUCCUUACUACGUCCUGCAUGAGCGCUGCCAAUUCAUUGACCAGCAGGUGCUCAAGCUGCAGGAAGCCCCCGACCAAGUACCAGUUGGAGAGCUACCUCGACACAUCAUGAUCUCCGCAGAUCGCUAUCUCGCCAAUCGAGUUGUGCCUGGUACAAGAUGCUCUGUCAUGGGUAUCUUUUCCAUUUAUCAGCAGAAAGGCAAUAAACGUGGGGGGAACGCCGCAGUUGCAAUCCGCAACCCGUACAUUCGCGCGGUCGGCAUACAUCCCGAAAUUGAUCACAGCACAAAGGGCAAUGCUGUUUUCACUGAAGAGGAAGAGCAGGAGUUUCUUGAAAUGAGCCGGCGGCCGGACAUCUACGAUGUCUUUGCCAGAUGUAUCGCUCCCUCAAUCUAUGGAAAUCAAGACAUCAAGAAAGCCAUUGCGUGUCUAUUGAUGGGCGGUUCCAAAAAGAUCCUCCCAGACGGUAUGAAGUUGCGUGGUGACAUCAACGUUCUACUUCUCGGUGAUCCCGGUACUGCAAAGUCUCAACUGCUGAAAUUUGUGGAAAAGGUAUCGCCGAUUGCUAUCUACACCUCUGGAAAGGGCUCUUCUGCAGCUGGUCUGACAGCGUCCGUUCAACGUGACCACAACACGCGAGAAUUCUAUCUUGAGGGAGGUGCCAUGGUCCUGGCUGAUGGUGGCGUGGUCUGCAUUGAUGAAUUUGACAAGAUGAGGGACGAGGAUCGUGUGGCGAUUCACGAAGCCAUGGAGCAACAAACCAUUUCCAUUGCAAAGGCUGGUAUCACGACAAUCCUCAACUCGCGAACCUCUGUCCUCGCAGCUGCCAACCCUAUCUUUGGGCGUUACGAUGACAUGAAAACGCCCGGCGAGAACAUUGAUUUCCAGACGACAAUCUUGUCUCGAUUCGACAUGAUUUUCAUCGUCCGCGAUGAACAUGAUCGCGGCCGUGACGAAAGAAUAGCCAAGCACGUCAUGGGCAUCGCAAUGGGAGGACGAGGUGUAGAAGAGACUGUACAAGCGGAGAUUCCGAUUGAGAAGAUGAAGCGCUACAUCACCUACUGCCGCCAAAAGUGCGCACCCCGUCUAUCAGCCGAGGCGGCCGAGAAGCUGUCUUCGCAUUUCGUCAGCAUCAGGCGGCAAGUGCACGCUUCUGAAAUCAAUGCCAACCAACGAUCCAGCAUUCCCAUCACUGUCCGCCAACUCGAAGCCAUCAUCCGCAUCACCGAAUCCCUCGCCAAACUCUCGCUCUCGCCCAUUGCCGACGAAAGCCACGUGGACGAGGCCAUCCGCCUCUUCCUCGCCUCCACCAUGGACGCCGUCAACCAGGGCGAAGGCCAAAGCUCAAAAGAACUCAUGGACGAAGUUAACAAGGUCGAGGAAGAACUCAGACGUCGCAUGCCAAUUGGUUGGCAGGUCAAUCUCUCCACGCUCAAGCGCGAAAUGGUCGACGGCAAGGGCUACUCGGAACAAGCGCUCUCCCGCGCCUUGCACAUUAUGAAUGCCCGUGAGACUAUCCGCUGGCGACAUGGCGGCAGCUGCGUAUUCAGAGCGAGCGCCUAG